CCGAGCCGAGCCGAGCCGAGCCGAGCCGAGCCGAGCCGAGCCGAGCCGCGCCGCACGGUUCCGUGCGCGCUCCCGUGACCUCGCACCGAGCGUCGGGAGCGCGCGUUUCCAUGGCAGCGCAAACCGCGGCGGCCGCGCUGCCCCGGCCCCGCUCCGAGCGCCACUGCCCGGCCCGAGCAGCCCGCAGGGGACAGCGCUGGGGGACAGGGACACCCCCGGGGAGAGGGACACCGCUGGGGGACACCGCUGGGUGAGAGGGACACCGCUGGGGUCAAAGACACCAUCCUGACAUACAGCAUCUACAUCUAAAAGUCUCUCUUCCAAACUUGAAAUGGAAACCCACCUUGUGCUGUCAGAAAGCACAGAAGAGGAUGAAAAAAACCCAAUGAAAAAUCCAUUUAAAGUCCCAUCAGAUACUGAACUUUUCUCAAUGAGGCACAAGGAAAUUAAGAAGGCACAGGAGGAACGUGAAAAGAGGAAGACUCUGAAAGUCCAUGAGAAAACUACUUACUCCACUAAAAUGAAGGCAAAAAGUGGGUUGAGGAAAGCUUUGAAAAGGGAGGAAGAAGAGGAGAGCAGAAAAGAGGCAACAUGUGAAGAGAGACUGAAAUAUCUCCAGGAGAUGCUCUCACGGAAGUUAGCCAUGAAAAAAGAUUAUGCAUUCGACAGGGAGACCUUCCAUGGCUACCUGCAGGACAGAAAGCAAAUCUUUUUUCUUGAGCACACCAUUGCAGUAAAGAGAGGGGAGAUUAAAAAGAUGGAGAGCAUAGCCAAGGAUGAGGAAAAAAAGCUGGAAAAGGCUGAGAGAAGGAUGGAGAAGGACGCUGCCAUGUUUGAUGAGUUCCUGAAGGAGAACCACAACCACUCUGUUGAAGCACUGAGGAGAGCCAAAAGAGAAACCUCAGCAAAGACAAAGAAAAUAACAGAGAUCCAGGGACUCACAACUGAAAUAAAGAAAAUCCAAAGUGACAUCUCCAGAUUUGAGGACACCCUGCAGGAGUACAAGAUGUACAGGGACAUCCUCUACCAGCUAUCUCCAAAAGAGUGGCAGGAAAAACACAGAAAAAGGCACAAAAAAGAAAAGGAUAAGGAAACAGAACCCAGAGUUCAUGAAGGAAGUGCUUCGCAUCCCUCCACCACAGAGCAGGACCAGGGUCCCACAGACACUGCCCACAGUGUCACCUUCACGGAUAUACCAAGUUCCCUGCUGUUCUCAGAGAGUUUGGAUUUCAGGGCACGUGAUGUCAGGCCACAGCUUAAACACUUCCUGAAGCCUCUUCUAUCAAGAGAAAUAAGUUCACUGGAGGAUGCAGAGUGUGAAACCAGCUCGGAUGAAGAUGAGGAGCCUGAGCUCUACUUUACUGAUCCUGAACAAUUGCUUACUACUUUCAUGGAGAUGCUGGAUGAGAACUUAUCCUUUGUCCUGAACUCGCAGGAUAUUGCAGAGAGUUGGAACAAGGUCCAACAGACUUUCAUCACCACACGUGAAAGCACGGAGAAGGAGUUGGCAGCGCUGAAAGAGCAGGUAAACACCCUCCGAGCCUCCGUGGCCAAGGAAGAGGAGAAAGUAGCCGACCUGAAACUCAAAGUUCAGCUCUUUUCCUCUGGAGAACACGAAGGUGAUGACCAGGACAAAAUGCUGACAAGCCUGAACAAGAAGGUGCAGGAAGUCUAUUUCCAGUGCACUGGAGACAAUGAGGCAAACCUGCCAACAGUGGAGAUGUUAAAGGUAAUAGAAAAACAGCUCAACGAUUUACUGGACAGCGUGGAGAGAAUCCCACCAGCCAAGAUAGAAAAGGCUGUGAAAGACAUAAGAAAGGAACAGAGGGCAAGGCUCAGAGAGGAAAAGCAGAAACAAGCAAAGCAGCAGCAGGAUGAAGGAUUGAAAAGGGACAUGGAAAGAUCACAGGUACCUGAAGAAAAAAAGAACUACAAGAAAACGGCCUUGCCUUCCAACCCACCUGCCAGGAAGGAGAACAGCCAAGGAAAUAGAUAAGGAAGAACAAUUAUAUUAUUUUCUCCUGAUGACACAGCCUUAACCACAGCUCAUAGCUCACAGCCUCAACCACAGCUGACGCUGCUCCAGAAGUCUUUCCUAGAUCUGUCAGUCUUUGCUCAACUGAACUUUACUGUCCCAUGAAAUUUCUUUCUUCUCCUACCCUAAGAUUCCAGGGAAAGUUUGCAACCCCUUUUCCCUUCCUUUGGUAUUUUGCCUAAGAAAAUAAAUUAAAAUCCUCUCAUUUUGCUUCUCAAGCUGCUGCUUAGCACCAGUUCUUGUCUCAUUCGGUUUUUGAUGCCAUCAGCACUAUCUGUACUAACCUGAGCAGUGAGAUCUAUGACAGUCCUAGGUGACAAUCUUUGUUAAGGCACAGCUAGGGCAGGUACCUCACAGACAUUUAUGAUAAUCACAGGUCUUCUGAAGGACUCUAAAAACCAAGGGCUAUGCUCCAAUCCAAAGCCAUUGUAGACUCUGCC